UAAAUCAGCUGUGUCAGUCUGUCAAUCAUAUUGUCAAUAUUGCUCUGUUGUUGACUGUUGACUGCAUGCCAAAGAGUGCUGCAUGCUAUAUUUUAAGCAAUCAAACAUUAUAAAUUCGCCAUUUUUUUUACGAUGAGUGUAAAAAUUGAAGAACAAUUGAAAGAAAAAAUAUUAAACUUCGCUAAGAAAAAUCCGAAAGGAAUUUCGCACAAUGAUAUAACAGCAGCAAUCCCAGAAGUAUCCUCGGCUGAACUGGUACCGGUCAUCAAUGAGCUGUUACAGCAAGAAUAUUUUGAUUUGUUCAAGCAAAACGGUGUACUUGUCUAUAAGUUAAAAGCUCAAACAAGCAAGCAAGCAGUGAAAGGGGCUGACAAUGAAGAAAAGGUUGUUUAUAAUCUCAUUGAAGAAGCUGGAAACAAAGGUAUAUGGAUACGGGACAUCAGGGUUAGAUCUAAUCUAGCAAACACACAACUGACAAAAGUAUUGAAGAAUCUUGAAAGUAAAAAAGUCAUUAAAGCUGUUAAAUGUGUAAAUGCUUCUAAAAAAAAAGUGUACAUGCUUUACAAUUUGGAACCUGACAGGUCGAUAUCUGGAGGAGCAUGGUAUCAAGACCAAGACUUUGAAUCUGAGUUUGUUGACAUACUUAAUGUUCAAUGUCACAGAUUUCUUAGCCAGAGAGCUGAAAAAAUUAAAAAUAAUCCACGAGGACCAAUUGUAGGCCGCACACAGUCUUAUGCCACAGCUAACGAAGUUCAAAAAUAUAUUACAGAUUUAGGAAUAAGCAAAGUUGAACUUGAUGUAGAAGAUGUUAUUACAAUUCUGAAUACAUUGGUCUAUGAUGGUAAGGCAGAAAGCAGUGUUUAUCCUGAUGGCAGCAAGGUAUAUCGAGCCAUAGACCCCCUUAUACCUGCACCAGGAUUAGUCCAAGUGCCGUGUGGAGUGUGUCCGCUAAUCUAUAAAUGUGAUUCCACUGGAUUGGUGACGCCGCAAGCCUGCACUUAUAUGAAAGAGUGGCUAGAAUAAUAAAAUAUAUAUGGAUAUUCUGUGCUUAUUUAUUCUCUAAUGUCUACUACUUUAUAAGUUAUUAACAUUAACAUAUUCAUGUACUUAUACUUAAACUGCACCAUCAAUACAAAGCAAUCUAACUAUCUAUUAUAUACAAAAACGUAAAUAAAAGCAUUAACACAUUGAUUACAUAUGAACAAAUCAUUAUGUAUUUAGGUAAAAGCAAAAUCAUUGUUUAAAAAACAAUAUGAAAAAUAAAUACCUUGAUGAGCAAGUGAUCUAUGUAACAUUUUCGUUUGUUUUAUGAGUGAGGUUAUUGAAGUUCUUCUAGACCAAAUUAAUUAGAGAAAAUUCUGCAAAAUCCUUUGACAAAAACACAAUACAUGUGAAUAUACACACCUACUAAAUUUUGAGAAAAAUGUUACUUGAAUCACUAGUUCUCUAAGAUAUCCUAAACAAAAAUAAAUCAUUUACAAAACAGGUAACAAUGGCUACUACUUAGUUAAAUCCAUUUUCGAGACUGCAAUGCAGCAACAUAAUAUACACUUAUCACAGGUUUUUUAAAACAAACUUCUAAAAUUAUUUUCAAUAUUAUGCAAUGCUGAGGAAAGUAUUGCAGGUUCCCUCUUAGGAAUAAAUGCUUUUUCUUCAAUAGCUGUCUGCUCUUCCUCAAUUACAACUUUAGUAUUGUUAUUGGGAAAUAGAGAACUGAAGGCAUCCAUUUGGAUAUAGUUAAGGGAUUGCAGAAUCAAUCCAUUGUUGGGAUAUGGAGUAGCAGUAAUAAUGGAUUGUUUGUUGUGAUCUUGAUUAUUAUUAACAUUCUUUGGUGAAUCAGGCUUGGGUGCUUCUGAGGUAGGAGGUGGUGGAGGCACAAUAGAUGGAGGUUCCUUUAAUACUGGAGGAGGAACUGUGGGUUUCUCUCCACCUGAAAGUAAAAUUAUGCAUCAGUUUUCCAUGGACACAUUAGAAUAAACUAAAUUAAACACUCAUAUCAAAACACAUACUUAUUGAAUAAAUAAUCCUCUCCAUUUCUCUAAGCUGUGUUUGUUGCCUCUGGACAGUAAAGUAGAGAUCAGUAAUAGUGUCAGAAAUAUGUUUCAUUUCCUGCUCCUUCUUAGCUUCUUUUGCAGCUUCCUUAUUACUUUGCCUGUUAAAAGGUUAAAUCAUCAUAAAGGUAUAUAUUUUUUUAUUCUAAUUUAAACAAAUUUUCUUUCCAUGUUAUUUUUUUUAAUUUAGAGCUGCAUGUUUCAAAAUAUGAUAAAUUUUAUUACCUGUUGUAUUCGAGUAACAAAAUAGUUGCUCCAAUGGUAAAAAUCAAAGUUUCACCAAGAAGAUUAGCUCCUAGUUCUAUAGCCAUUUCUUGACUGAGCACUGGUAUAUUAACAGGCCUACCCAAAUUUAAAAUCCACAUUUUAGCCUUUACUUCACACCAAUUGUAGACU